AGGUCACAGGAUUAACUUUGUGUUUUAUCACCUGACGCCUCACUUAAACUAAAUACUGAACAUGACGAUGGCUUUAUCAAGGCAAAUAGGCUUAAUGACUUCUGUAUUUUAGCAUUCAGAGCCUCAGUCCUAAACAAACGCUGCAGGAGAGGUUGUUACUCAACAGAUAACAACGGGGUGUUGGGGCUAGAAGCUGAUGUUCGCUAGUCUCUGCACAUGCAGUAUAUCGGCUGUUAAUACAGACACAGCGCCCACCAAGAAGUUUCCUGAACUGUUGAUAUCUUUGGUCAGGGGUCUUCAGAGAAGAGGAGUUCACGUUCAGGGAACUUAAUCAGUUGCUUCUAUUUUCUGUACUGUUGAAAGAGUUGAAUUUUGCGUGUGCCCAAAGACGUGAGCUCUUCAUACUGUGUAGUAUUGUAUUUCUCCUCUUCCUGAUCUUAAUCAAGUGAGGGAGAUCACAGACAUCAGAUAUUUUUAUAUUUUAUAUAAUAUGCUCUGUGUACGUGAGAGGACUCUGGAGAAUUUUUAGACUGCAGAAAGAAAUAAGGACCAGGUUGUGUGCACAGGUUCCAGAAUGGAUGGAAGAACGCUUGUAGAUACAUGUAUAUAAGCUCAGCUUGGAGUUCAUUUUUGAAGGAAUAUUGUCAAGAAGAAAGAAAUCUGGGAAGAUCUCUGCAGCUAGGAUAAAAGGUCUAUUAAGAAAGGAGGUCUGGAAGACAGAUAGUGCCCCCAGAGUCCUCAUUAGAAGAAGAGAUAUAUUGAACUGAGACAUUUACUUAAACUAUAAAGACAGCUGCGAUAUAUUGCGAGCAAGCGUACAGGAGCGUACGGAGCAUUUGGCCUCUUUCAUUGAUGCCUGCAGCGAUAAUUGGAAUGAUCAAACACACAUGAAGUUGUCAGAAAUGACUUAAAACCAGUUUGUGAUAUUCAGUUUUGAGUGAGUAAUUUGAUUUGGCAGAGGAUUUAGGAUUUCAACUUGAUGUGAUUGUUCUUGGCUUGUUAUAUAGCUAACUAAAGUGCUGCCAUGUCUGACAAAAACAGUGAAACUAGCAACGAGAAUGAAAAUGGUAACGACAAUGUGUGUCGAGAUUUCCUGCGCAAUGUUUGCCGGCGUGGUAAGCGUUGCAAGUAUAACCACCCCUGCAGCGAAGAAGCGAAAGACUUAGGUAAAAAGCAGAGUUACGUCUUUUGCCACGAUUAUCAAAAUGCUGGCUGUGAACGUGUCAACUGCAAGUACCUUCACUGCACACGAGAAGAGGAAGAUUAUUUCAAACAGGCAGGUCAACUUCCUGUGCGCCUCCAGCAGCAAGCUGCGCUUGGACCCGUCACGUCCAAUGAGCUACCCCUUAUUAAAGGCAGCAUUCCUAUUUGUAAAGACUACCUGAAGGGUGCAUGCAAACGCACCAGGUGUAAAUUCAGACACCUGAGUAUGGCAGAUUACGUGUAUGAAUUACGCAAGCAAGAUCGGACCACCCCUCCCGAGGAUCGCUAUGGACUGUUGUAUAACCCUGACGACUAUGAUCGUUUUGAAUAUGAACAUGUGUCCAAACGUAGACGUGUUGCUCUUGAUGAUUAUAAUGGUUAUAGAACAUUAGACCGGUACAGCAUAACGCCAGAUUACCAAACUUUAUUUGAGGAAAACGUUCUCCUCCGUCGUAAAGUUGAGGAUUUAAAGAAGCAGGUGUCAGAUUUAUCGGCCACGAAUGAGGUUCUUUUGGAGCAAAAUGCUCGUAUUCGUGCCAGUAAGGCAAAUAGUGUUCACAUGAGUACAGCACCUGCCUUGGUGACAGUUACCCCGGCGAUGACCCCAAUAGUAACCCCUGCAGUAGGACCCAGUUCGGCUGCUAGUGCUCAAGCUUUAUCAGCAUUAACCGCGAGCCUGUCUCAACAGAUAGCUCUCAACAGCGAACUCGCGUCCCAACAGGCAUUGCAGCAGCGUAUUGCCCAGGAACUUGCACCGCAGGGAAGUCUGGGAGCGGCAGCGCUCCUCAACCCAUCGGGUUCGGCAGUCGGCAGUAUGAACUCUCCCAUUGUUCCCGUGUCCCUGGCUCAGGUCCAAGUAUCUCUGGGACAGGGCUCUCUGCCCCAGGGGACUACACCCACUGUGUCAAUGGCGGUGUCCCUGCCACAAAACCUAAACACAAAUGUCAGCAUCGCUCAGCAAACUAUCGCGAGUGUCCAGCGGGCAGCAAGACAGUUGAAUGGACCCAGUGGUGGUCCCAAUACACACGAUGGCUUCAUCGUAACAUGCAGCGCUGCAGAUCGUUGGUGAAAUGCUGCUACAUGUGCAUCUUUGUUUAUAUUCCAUAUUACAGGGACUUGGAUGUCAUGGCAACUGAGACAUGACCUUCACAUUGACCUGGCAGGAAGUAGAAUUUGUUGGUAGCACUUCACUGAAAACUUCUUAGUUUUGCAGCAACAUAGCUGACCACUGUUCAUUGCUUUUCUUUACAGACUUAAAAGAGCAUCAGAACACCCUGCUUAUCAAGAGGAAAUGGAGCAUGUAUCUGGCAUAGAGCACCAUGUUAACCAAAAUAGACCCAACUUGGAAAAGAUGGAUACUGUCAAUACACAUGGAACUGAGCACUAUGUCUGGAUACACAUAGAAGUGCAUAAGUUUGAUGAAACUAUCCCAAAUGGGUGAAAUGCACUACUGCACAUGCAUGCGUGAUGAUUUCGGCACAUGCGGGGCGAGUGUCCAGCGGGGCACUAAUGUCCCAGGAUACUGCCUCCGCCGUGGAACACAGGGAUGGUAGUCCAGAUCUACCAUGAUCUUUAUAGUGAAAGUACUAUAACGAGGCUAUGGAUAUAGACAUACGUCUUGUGUACCAAAGUUUCAAAUUUUUUGUUUUUAUUUGGGUUUCCACAGUCACUAGUUACUGGCAUUUUAAGGGUCAUCUUGUGACACGUCAUUUUCAAGUCUAGAGCAUACCUUUAUGAAAACUGACCCCCCAUUUCUUAUAGUUUAGAUUUUAAAGGAAAACAACUCUUCAUUUUGGUGAAAAAAGUGCCAUAAAACAAGAUUUUCCUAGGGUAAACAAGGUUGUUUCCAUACUAAACAAUGGUUAGUGAAUCUGUUUCAAUAUUCAAAGUUAGUUGUUGUUUUUUUUUUUGUUAUUGAUCCUGUAUCUAUCUGUGAAGGUCCGCGCAGUUCAAUGACAAGUAGAGAUUUCAGAAUAAUUGCCAUUUUGGUGGUAAAAUGGAAUUUAUUAUAUUUCUUUGUGUUGUUCACAUUGUACUUAUUGUGUGAUUUUGAACCUCAUAUGAAGAGUUGUUGUCCCUUUAAGGAGUCUGACAUAUUUUCAUGAAUAUGUCUGGUUUCAAAACCCUUGGUUAAUAAUAUUAAAAGUGACUUAAAAAUGAUCUCCAUUUGGUCAACCGUUAAAGCUAGAAGGAUAAUUUGAAGAAUAAAGUUACAAACACCAUAUUAAAAAAUAUAUUGAUGUCAUACUUAGAAAUAUCGGUGUAAUCAGAGAUGAUUGGUUUGUGCAAAAUCUUGCAAUCACAUACAAUUUGAAAACUGCAGGAAAUUGGAAGAACUGUAUUUACAUAUUAGGUAUAUACAGAGUUAUCUUUUUCUUUGUAUAUACUCCUGAAAAAUGUCAAAAUAACUUGCAGGUUAUUUGCAACAGUUUAACAUGGCUAUUCAAGAUUGCUGUUGAAAGUUUUUAGAUAUUGUAAUCCUUUCAUAUAUCUAUAUUUAAGUUACUGAAAUUUUCUUUGAUUUUGUUGUUGAAAAAUUAAAUCUAGUGUACAGCAUUAUGAUUUUCUUUGCAACAUUUGUGUCAGAUUAGUUGUAAAUUGAAUAAUUCUGACUUUGAGAGAGUGUUCUUGCAUAACUAUACAGUAUUUAUCCAUGGCUUUCCAGCACUUUUUGUGUAGAGCAUUACACAUAUUUUUAUAAUUCUAGUUCGUGAACAAAAUGAGCAAAAGAAUGAAAUUCCCCAUCUGUUGGUGUUUGUCUUUCUGUUAUAUAUAGUUCAAGUAUUUAAAUUAAAUUAUAAUUGAUUCAAUAAUGAAUGUACAAAUGUUAACUCUGUUCAAUUUCAGGAACUAGUUUUAAAGUGUAAGGAUUUUUAAAAUUGCAAAAAAAAAAAA